AUGAUACCACUUAUCUAUAUGCCCGGGUGCAUAGUGUGGGCGAUUGGUGACUUCGACGGCACCUCUGGAGACGAUGAGCUGCGGAUGUAUGUUAAUCGGGCUAGGACCUUCCAAUGCCCCUCGAUGCAUUUUCUGCCGCAGCCACUGCAUUUUGUUCGCCCUUUCAAGGCCCAUCUAAAGGUCCCUGAUUUCCUGUCUGGUCCCCAAUUCCACUUUCAAAUCACUUUGGCCCGUCGAGCAUACAGUAUGGCUGCAGCUACCAAUUCCCCAAGGGACCCCAAUACCCAGUCCAAUUACAAUGCCUUUCGGACCACCCAUACGACAGUCAACUUCGAUAUCCUCUUCGAGAAGCAGAAGCUCACUGGAAACGUUAUUCAUAAAUUGAUAUCACUCACAAAUUCGGAGGCCCGCGAAGUCAUAUUAGACUCUAGCUUUCUGAAUAUUCACGAUGUCAAGGUUGACGGCAAGCAAAGCAAGUUCGAGCUGCUUCCCUGCCAGGAACCGUAUGGCAGUGCGUUGAAAAUACCUUUGGCUGAAGGUGUAGCUUUGAGCAAAACGGUUGAUAUCGAUAUUACUGUCGAGACAACCGAGAAAUGCACGGCCCUGCAGUGGCUCACGCCAGCCCAGACGUCCACUCAAAAGCACCCGUAUAUGUUUACCCAAUGUCAGGCGAUUCAUGCCAGAUCUAUAUUCCCAUGCCAGGAUACUCCUGAUGUCAAGGCCGUUAUUGAUUUCAACAUCUCGUCCCCUUUGCCUGUCAUUGCUAGUGGUGUGCCAGUGAAUGAUGCCUCAUCCCCCUCGUCGAAAUCGAAAAAUAAGGUCUAUAGAUUCCACCAGAAGGUGCCAAUUCCGACGUAUCUUUUCGCGAUGGCCAAGGCACCCAUCGGCCCACGGAGCAGGGUCGCUGCAAGUCCUGACAAGCUUGAGGAGUGUAAAUGGGAACUUGAGGCAGACACGGAAAAGUUUAUGCAGGCAAUUGAUAAAAUAAUCUUCCCGUACAUCUGGGGGGAGUAUAAUGUGUUAAUCCUGCCUCCAAGCUUCCCCUACGGUGGAAUGGAAAAUCCGAUUUUCACCUUUGCUACGCCUAGUGUAAUCUCGAAAGACCGACAAAACGUUGACGUUAUUGCUCAUGAGCUCGCUCACAGCUGGAGCGGCAACCUCGUUACGAAUGCUUCUUGGGAACAUUUCUGGCUUAAUGAGGGCUGGACAACUUAUCUGGAAAGAAGACUAACGUUCAGGUGCCAGAUCCUUGCAGCUGUACAUGGCGAGCCGUAUCGUCAUUUUUCGGCUAUAAUCGGGUGGAAAGCUCUAACUGAGUCUGUCGAACGUUACGGAAAAGACCAUGAGUUCACAAAGCUCGUUGUGGAUCUCAAAGGAAAGGACCCAGACGAUGCCUUUUCCAGCGUCCCCUAUGAAAAGGGGUUCAAUUUCUUAUUCUACCUCGAGAACCUCAUCGGCAAAGACAAAUUUGAUAAAUUUAUCCCUCACUACUUUACGAAAUACAAAGAGGCGUCUCUCGAUUCGUAUGAAUUCAAGUCGAGCAUCCUCAGUUUUUUCUCAUCCGACUCUGAAGCCCAUGCCUUACUCACCUCCCUCGAUUGGGACAAAUGGUUCUACAGCCCUGGACUCCCACCAAAACCGGACUUUGACACCUCACUGGUUGACAUCGUUUACGCUCUGGCGCAGAAAUGGCGAACAGCUUCCGAGUCAGGAUUUUCUCCGUCCGCAGUUGAUGUCAACGGCUUAGUCGCGAACCAGCUGGUAGUUUUCCUAGAGCAGGUGCUCGUAUUUGAGAAGCCCCUGUCAGCGGAGCAAUCGAGGUUAAUGGGCGAUAAAUAUGGUCUUGCAAAGAGUGAGAAUGCCGAGGUUUUGAACAUGUACUUCCAAGUCGGCUUGAAGGCUGGUGAUAAGAGUGUCAUCGAGCCGACCGCCGCAUUCUUGUCGAGCAUCGGACGAAUGAAAUAUGUUCGUCCAUUAUACCGUGCGCUGGAGAAGCUUGAUCGCAAUAUCGCUAUCGAAGUAUUUGAAAAGAACCAGAGUUUCUACCAUCCUAUUUGUAGAGGCUUGGUCCAGAAGGAUCUGUUUGGGAACAAGGGGAGUUAGACCUGCCUUUUUUGGCAAGUCUCCAUGUGACGGGCUGCGGAUGUGAGCCGACACAUGAUUAUAUAUCAUAGAAAAUGUUAUGUGCGCAAAUGUUGUCUAUUCUGAGUUCGUGCGCCUGGCCAUAUAUUCUAGGCCUGCUCGUUUAUAUACGUAAAUUACAACCUUGUCGAUCCGUCUACCCUUCCGUCAACAGAUGGGUCAUUAGAUUUCUAGCCAAUUAUCAACAGCAUCUCCGGGAAGAAGCUUUGAAUUCUCAUGCCCUUUGAAUUACGCAGAGAUGAUAUACCUUGAAAUUUACAGUAGUCAACAACCUCAAGCUAUUGAAAACUAAUGCGAAGUGGCAGGAUUUACCACAUUACACAUCACAACUAGCAACACCCUCAAGAUUCCGUUUUUUCUGCUGGCGCCGGUUGACUGAACGGCUCAUUCAUCCCCCGACUCACAGUCCCAACCAACCCCCAAUCCUGCCGAGUCAACCCAAAAACCUUCUUCCCAACAACCAAAUCCACCAAGCCCUCAUGGGGCACCCGACUCAGCUCCACCAGCACCCUCCUCAUGUACCCAACCACAGCUGCCACUUUCCGCCAAUCCAUCUCCUCCGGCACAUUCCCAUCACCGCCUGCAUUCGGGUCCACAUGCGACGCCUUCCAAAUGUUCCUCCACACAGCCGCCCCAAGCACUGCGUCGCCGGACACUAGGCCUUGGUCAUAUGCGGCGAGCACACCGCGCCAUUGGAUGAACAAGUCUUUGAGGUAGCGGUUGCGAAUACCGCGCAUGGUCAUGCCGUGGUAGAUGGUCAUGCGGUGUUCGGCGUUGUGCGAGAAGUUGUCGAGGAGGUGUUGGGAAUACGUGCGGAAGCUCUCGGGGGAAGGGAGGGCGCGAAGGCGGACGGUUAAGAGGUACAUGUGUAGGAAGGUGAUUUGGGACCAGGUGGAGAAGGUUGGGAGG